CUCCUGCUGGCCGUAUUGUUGCCGGUCGGUCGGUCGGUCGGUGGUGGUGUUUUCAUCUUCUUCCCAACGGAGCUAGACCGCCAUUCACAGUCCGAGGGCGGCCCCGAUCGCUUCGUCGAGCUCUCGAGCGCCGAGUUGCUGCCGUUCCGCUUUUUUGUUUCGUCGUCGUCGCCGUCAUCCGUCACCGCGCCGUCGGUUGAAUCGCACUCCGUUCCGCCCUUGAACGUGGUUUCCUCUGUCCGGCUGGUCACCAUCGGCGCCCGCCUAGUUCCCGGUUUCGUUCUAUUAGCUGCACACCUUCCUUUGCCUCGACCGGCAAAGUCCAAGUGACAAAGUGUUCCCCCACCCCCACCAGACGGGCGGCUAGUAUGAAUCCAGCACCGCGCCUCUUUCUGGCAGCGUCUAGGUGCGCGAGUGUGAGUGCGUGCAUGUAAAAGUUGUCCAGCGAAAUCCAUUCAUCCAUAUCUCUCGGCAGCACACAUCACCCCACGUCUCACGCAUGCCAAGGGGUAGCUAACAGUGCCCGGCUAGCUAUUGCCUCCCGUUGGUCCGAAGUGUGUACAGUGCAUAUUAUCACCCAGUUUGUGACGAGGGUCCCGUGAGCGCCUUUCAUUUCGGUUUUCACAUCACAACGCCACACACUGCCACAAAAGUCCCUCAGGAAGGAGAGGUCCUGGUGACUCGGGUUACUACGUCAGAGAAAAUCGAUUGUCAAGGAUACGCAAACGGAAAAGUGUGUUGCACGGUAGCUGCUGCAUAGCAGGCGUGCAUAGCAGGCACGCCAACCGGAAACGAACGAUCAGAGGAACUGAGUGCAUCCGCGGAUCGGCGACACCGUAUGUCAUCUACUAAACCACCGUGCUAAGUGACCACCCCCGGGGGGCCGCGAACGUAGCGGAAGUGCAAAUCGCCUUUCGCCACAACGAGCCGCACAUCUGGAGAAGAACGUAAACAAUCAAGAGAGGAGCCUGACGACGACGACAACGAACGACGAACGACGACGGUGCUGGCUACGAGAUGGCGAUGCUAAUGGAGGGAAUAAUUAUGGCGACGAUGAAUGUCUUCCUGAACAGCCUCACGCUGCAGGUGCUGGUGGCACUCGUCGUUGGCAGUUUGCUGUCGACCACCUUCAAGUAUCACGCAAAAAUGUUCAUCGUCCUGCUAAUGUCAUUCCUGGUGCUGGUCGUCCCGAUUCCACUGUUUCUGUUCAAGCCCCGCUGGCCACUGAAUGCGCUCAUACCGGGCAUUGUGGCGUGCCUUUUCAUCCGAGCGUUCGGGGUGGAGUAUGAAAUCCGUGGCCAGGAGCACAUAAACGUUCGGAACGGUGGCGUGGUGCUGCUCAAUCAUCAAAGUGCAAUCGAUAUAGUGAUGUUGUCGCGGCUGUUGCGUGAGUUCCGUAACAUAGUGCCGGUGGUGAAGAAGGAGCUGUUCUACGUGCUACCGUUCGGUAUCGCCUCCUAUCUCGUGGGAGUCGUAUUUAUCGAUCGUCAGAACUCGGCCUCGGCAAAGGACGUGAUGAAGCGGGAAGCGGUUGCCAUUACCAAAGACCAUCUCAAGCUGGCCAUUUUCCCCGAGGGAACGCGGCACGACAACGAUACGCUGCUACCGUUCAAGAAGGGUGCGUUCCACGUGGCCGUCGAUGCCCAAUCCGUCAUACAGCCGGUCGUGGUGUCCAAGUACCAUUUUCUCGAUCACAAACGGAAGCUGUUCGGACGGGGGCGCGUGAUCGUGAACAUUCUGCCCGAGAUUCCGACGAAAGGGAUGACCAAGGCGGACGUCAAUGCACUGACGGAACGGUGCCAGAAGCUGAUGCAGUCAGAGUUCGAUACGCUGAGCGCGGAAGCCAAGCAGUACUGCCAUGCCACAUGAGCUGGAUCCGGAUCGCUCGAGACGGACACAAAACACCAUUUACCAUAUGCCAGGAGACUAGAAGCAAUACACGCAUCACUCGCAACUAGUGGACGGGACCAGCCGUAAAGAAAGAGAGACAGAGAGACAGAGAGAGAGUGUGUAGAAACACCGACACCGAGCAUACCGAGCAGCAGUAGAAAUCGAAUGUACGAUCACAUUAAUCCUAGCGGCAAGGUGUGACAAUCUGUGAUCAUCUCUGCGGUGACCAUAUAGAACGCCCACGAACGGUGCACGAUUAACGAUUGCCAUGAAGAUUGCACCUUUGCCAACCGCAGUAGUCACCAAUUGAAGCCAAAUGAAUCCUUGAUAUGAUCGGUCAUUGUUCGCCAUCUCGUUGAUAGUCGAAAUGCGCGAGGCAGCCACGGCAGUAGCCUCGUCUCGUUCUGUACCCCUUUCGGAUCCUUUAGCUGAAACACACAAACAAACACAGCCACACACAUCUAUACACUACUCGUACUGUUGUACCUGAGUACUUUCACUGUGAGCGAAGAUCAAUCGAAAAGCAAAGAUAAACUAGAAAGAGUGAUUUGAUGAAGAGACAUCUUUAAGAUGCUAGGGGAAUUUGAAGGAAUUUGCAAUUGUGCAAAAGAACGAUUGAACGAGAAAUUCCGAAAACAAAAAACAAAGAGAGAAAAAACAAAAAAAAAAUGAACCUAAACGCUUUACUGAAGGAUUUAACCGCGAGCCUUCGCACCGGAGGCAACAAACCGUGUGCUGUGCGGGGGACUUUACUUAGAAAGAAUGCGCAUUAGCAAGUAGCAGAAACACUCUUUUGGGUUAUUUGUGUCGGUGGAUAGAGGAAGAGAAUGAGAAAAAAAGUUAAACAUACCGUGAAAACAGGGCAAACAUCAUUUAAUGGAGGAGAAAUAGGGAGGCGGGUGGAGGGGCCUCAAAACUUGUAACAUACAAAUCGUAGCACCACACCCGUUCGAUUGGUUUCGUCGAAUAGUUAGGAGAGGAUAAGGGUAGUUUGAAAAUUGAUAAAAUCACCAUCAUACUCCCCCCC